UAAAGAGUAAACAUGGUUUGAAAAAAUUAUUGAAGUCAACCAAAUUGCAAAGUUGUAUAUACAGCCUUUUUAGUGACGUCUCCUGUGGGAUUGAUGAGAUGACAUUACUGGCAUCCUUGUCAAAAAUGAAGCAGCUGCAGUCAUUUGGUUGCCAAGGGUUGCAUAUUAGAAGAGAGCAAUAUUCUUAUGUUUUUGAUACAAGUUGUCUGACCAAGCUCCGAAGUGUCACAAUUGAUUCAUGUUCACCAACGCAUGCGACAUGGCUCAAGUAUGCUCCACUUCUUCAAGAACUUGAGAUUUCUAAUUGUGACUCAAUGGAAGAAGUGAUAAAAGAAGAAGAAGUUGAAGACUGCUCAAUAAAGAAUAAUGAGAAUAUGGAUUCUUCUUCUUCUUUUGUAUUCUCUUCUCUUGUCAUAUUGCGUUUGUGCAACUUACCAAGACUUGAGAGUAUUCACAAGGCAUCCUUGCUUUUUCCUUCCCUCAGAUACAUUGGGAUAACCUCGUGUCCAAAGCUGAACAAGUUACCACUUGAUUCCAACUCUGCCAAACAUAAGUUGGAACAUAUCCAUGGACCUCAAGAUUGGUGGGACAAGUUGGAAUGGGAUGACCCCGCAGCAAAGCACAAAUUCCAAUCAAAGUUCGAAGAUCCCUUUCCAAUUGUGAGACUGAGAGAGUGGUUUCACCAUCGAGAGCAAUGAUCACCGGUUUUCAUUAGCUUUCUUUCUCCAGCUUUCUUGCGUGAAGGCCUUAUAUAAGUAUGUGGCUGAGCUUUUAGAC